UUCGACAAAGGCAGGUUAUGAGUGAGCGGUUUAGGGCGCCACAAAGUUCGAGCUAACAAACGAAUUAACGUGGUUGCGUCUUUUGAACUUGUGUGAGCAAGAACGACAAAACUUGCGGAUGUAAUAAUGUCGAACAGCAAUCGAAGUUUUCACGAAAGCUCUUAUGAUAUCAGUCCGUGUGACUCGACACAGACUAGUUCAAUUGCAGAUCAGCUAAGAGCAGUGAAGGACGGAGAAAUCUGUAUGGUAGACUAUAGGAAUUGCAGUGUCCUACAAUGCAUGACAUGCAACACAGUGCUUGGAGACUCUCGCGGCAUCUGUGGGGAAGUCCAGAGCCUUCAGAGUAUCAUUUGUCUGAAAGUUACUGAGGAUGUGAGGGUGAAUAAAAAGCUGGAGAUGAGUUUGAAUGGUCAUCUGGCUUUCUCCACCUACCAAGUCCUUAACUGUGCUGGUUGCCAUGGUGCUGUUGGCCUGGUUCUUCACUCCACCCCAGAACACCUGUCUGCUUUAAGAAAUCUCUUCUGUUUACGAAAAGAUCUGAUAAACUGCUACAUGCUAAGAAGUGGCACAUGUGUCAAAGCCUCCAAAAUCAACUUCAAACACAGACUCAUGGACAAAAAUAUUAAAGAGCUGAAGCAGGAUUUAGAAGCUCAGCUGAAGCAGGUGAAGAUUCUGGAGGGAAUGAUGAAAGAAUUGUGCACACACAAUGUAAGCUAAAGAAAUGCCAGGCAUGGAAUAUGUACAGUUGUUUUGUUGUAACCGUGCAAAUAACGUAUAUAUAUUUUUGUAUUAUGUAUUGAAUAAGUUUAAUUCUUUGAAAAUGUGUGAAAUAUUAACUUAGUUACCAUAUUGUAUUUCUUUAUUUACAUUAUGUGCAGAGAAAGGAAUUGUAGAAUGGUAAAUAAAUGUAUAUAAUGUUGUAUUAAAGGAAAAUGUCUAAUCUAAUCCCUUACACUAUUGAAAAAAAUAACACUAAAGAAAGAAAUCAACACAUGAUUAUGAUUGGCACCAUGCUGCUUUUUUUUAUUGCUAAAAUGUACUUUUUUGUACAAAACCAUGCGGGGUGCAUCUGUAGUGCAUAGAUCAGACUAAGCAUAGAGUUUCACAUUCAGAGGCAAAAUCAGCAACGCAAAUCAGGUCAAAGCAUAUAAACUUAUGUUCUGCACUAUUUGCAUUGAACAUGAAUAAGAACUUCUCAUUUUAUCCCAUUUAAACUCAUUUGUUGGUUUUGCUAAAACUUACUGUAUCUUGCCUCUUGAAACACAGACUUGUUACAUUUUCAUAAUGCAAUACACAAAUCCAAAAAAGUAACAUUUAAUGAAUACAUCUGUGAAUAAUUUACAGUAGCGAUAAACCUUUGGGAUUUCAUGCAUUUGAAAAGAAAAACACAACAUUGGUUCACUCAUAGAUUUAUCACAUUUCUGCAUAAAUAUGUCCAAGCAAAGUUUAAUUAUUGCAUGCAGCACAAAACAUUUCUUAUCCACUUCUACCAUGCAUCAGCAAAUGUUUUUUUGCACUCUUAUUAAAAAAUACUAGUUGAUUCCCAAUGGAUCUUUUUAGUUUUGUGAUAUAUUGUUUACCCAGGAUUCACUGAGACAAUGAAUCAUCAGAGUGUCACAAACUGCUACAAAAACACUGCUCAUAUUCCUGUUAAUGAAAAUAAGCUGUAAAUAUACAUACAGCUUAUGUGCGUUCCACAAUGGUUUGUAUGUAAACAUGCAAAGUCAAUAGAAGGGCAUAAGCCCUGCAUAUAUAUAUUUACUACCUAUCAACUUUCUUCCACCUGUCCAAAAUAUAAAAGUUCUUUAAAAUUUGUCAGACCCUUGGUGUUACCUUCACAUAUUUAUUUGGUGUCAAUGAAUAAUGGGGCUGUUAAGAGCUAGUUCUGUACUACGAAAUAUGAGCAAUGUGAUGCUCUGGAUCAAACACUUACCACUGUCACAAAUAUGCUACAGAUUUCUAUUUCACAAACACUACUGAACUAUUCCGACACUAUAAUUCAUGCAUAAACUAAUUAUUGCUUCUAAACGUUGAACUUAAUACACAUCAUGGCUUGCAUAUCUUUGAGUAUAUUUAAAAAUAUAGUUUGCAUUCCAGUCAUUGAGGUAUUUAUCUACAUUACAAUGCUUUGAUAAUUGCUUUAUGCCACUUAAUAUACUACAUGCUACUUGAAAAUCUAAAGUUUCUGCUACUAGGAAUAAUCUACCCACAGCUCUAGUCUGAGACACCAUAACCUGAUGGAGAAUGUAAUAUUAGAGGUAUGAAUACAAACACAGUUCUAGGUUACCCUUUCUAAUCAGGACGAGAAUACUGUAGUCUUCUUUGUGUUUGAUUAUUACAGACCAAAUAGCAUUUCAGUAUCUACUGUUUUGUUUCCGUAAUAAGGAAUUAUCUUAAAACAGGUAUCAAAUUAAACUCUUCACUUCAACAUCUGUAAUAUCUUCUAAGCCAGCAAGCCAAAUUUCCUGCCCGUUAGGGACUGUCAUUUUGAUCGGAGUCAACUAUUUUGGGCCCAGAACUUAAUUUUGCACAGUACAAACUAGGACAAACUCACACAGUGCUUAUGAAACAUAUAUGUAUUUCAGCAUGGCUAGCCGCAUGUCAAUACCAACCACCAUUUUUCUAAUCCUCAGCAUGCUACAAUACAUUAUUAUUAACUAAUAGUGAUUACCUGUGAAUAAACAACUGUGUUUGUCGAUUAAAAACUAAUAUGAACAAACUCAGCACAGGUGAGCACAAUGACUCGCCUAGUCGCCUCAAUCAAAUCGAUCGAGAUGUGGAUGCUGCAUCCAUGGUGGUUAUUAACUAAAUCAUUAUCAGCCUAAUUUUAUUUUCUAAACAACUUUAUUAUAGCAUAUACUGAAAGUCACUAUGACUAUUAAACUCAGCAAGCAUCGCUACCGUACAUGCAUGGCCAUGCUUAUGCUGGCACUACAAAUCCCGCCACCCUAAAGCAAGCGGAUGAAACUAUACAUUAUUUAAUGGAAGACAUUGGUGAUUUUGUUGUUUUUGCGAACAACUUGUCACUUGUUUGUACAAUAUACAUAUUCAUCUCAAAACAAGACAAAGGAAAGAAACAAAUAUUGCACAUUUCCCACACUGAGGCCUCACUACUCUUUCUCCCAUGAAAAUUCAUACUCAGUACAGACUCUUACUUCUACCAAUACAUUUGAUAGAAACUACUGUAUCAAAAACAAAAGUUGGGUACAUUUUCUCAACACAGAUGAAGUUAAAUUCCUAUGCUCACAGUGCACUGUAGCUGAGGACCGAGCACAGGCUGUGACCAACUUGCCGUAAUCUAUUUGAGGUGAUACAUUAAAACAUACUAAACUAUUAACAACUAUUUCAAAACAUUGUGACCAAGGUCUAACAUUUAACCAUUCUACUGCCUUUCUUCAGGCGUAAUGAGGAUAAUAACCAUGAGAAUGUUACUGGAUGAAAAUGGCAUGUUUAUUCCACUCUACAUGUUCUCUUGGAAAACAUGUAGGACUCAUAGAGACUGGCAGCCAAACCUUUGGAAUAAUUCUUUUUUU